AUGACUAGUAUUGAAUCGACAAUGUCUUCUUUCCGUACAUCGAACACGUUACUAAAACCUUACACAAUUUUGAGCAAAGAACCCGAUUGGAAUACUGUUGAAACAUAUGCAGUUCUUACUAUUGAAAUCAUUCCUCCCAUGACAAUGGACGAUCUUUUCCGACCUUUGUGUGUUGGUACAGGUAGUGGCCGAAUGAAAAUUGCACUUUGUCCUUUUGCAAAAGGUUCACUUCGAUUCGCCUUUUAUGGUCAAUUCGCAAGUGAUGAAUUUGAUUUGAUGGAUGUUGUCUUUAAAGAGUUCUGUAGUAGCGAUCUGAAACUCAACCAUUUGCAAGUCUAUCAAGAGCAUCUUGAAAUACAAGUUAUUGCACAGUUUCUAGCAGAUAGAUUCAAUAAUGAGCUGAGACGUAUCUUUCGAAGGCCUUUAAUAGUUGCAUACGCUGAUGCUGAUCUUGUUCAACAAAAAACGGAUGAAUUCAAGAUCUAUCAAGUGGAAGCACGCAUGCAUCAAACUUGGCACAAAUGGAAUAAUAAUAGUGGUGGAAUAUCCUUAAGUGAAUAUUCAACAAUAUUACAGGCGUUCUCUCAUUGGACAUAUCACAUCACUGCCGGUCGUCUCAUGGUGGUAGAUUUACAAGGUGUGAAAGGUAAAGGUGCCUAUUUGCUGACUGAUCCGGCAAUUCAUUUUGAUAAUAUAUUACGAUUUAAGAAUACGCGCACCAAUCUGGGUAUAAAAGGCAUGCAACAAUUUUUUCGCACACAUGUCUGCAGUGAAGUUUGUUCUAAACUUGAAUUAUCCGUUCCACAAACUCCGUUGGGUUCAGGGUCAUAUUCUAUUAAUGAGUCAUUGGAAUACUUUCAAGCCUUAGAAUCAAUCGAUGAACUUAAUGAGAAAACAGCUGAAUUCGAGCCAACCAUCUUAAAUGGAGAAGAUAAUUUGGAUUUGAAGACAUUAGAAUGUCCUUGA